GGCAAAAUAGAGAGCGAGGUACUUGUAUAAUUGGGUUCGCACAAACAAACCUCAGCUGCGGCGACCAACUAUGGCGAAAAACAGGAGCAAGAAGAAGCGAAACGCUGUCGUUUCAAUGGAUACCACCGACACAUGCGUUUCGGAACAACCUCAAGCAAUGGAUACAACAGAUUCAGUAGUUCAAAACACAGUUUCUGGUGCUACCAAUAUUAUGGUGAGGCCACAGUAUGAUCAGAUAGCCAAGGCCAUGGAGAUGAUGGCCAUGGCGAUGCAGCAGCAGACUGCACAUUUUGCUAGGGUGGAUGCUGAGAGAGCUGCAGCUGGUGCAGCAGGAUCUACUGGGUCUCAUGCGAGCAGGGAUAUGGCUGAGUUCAGGAAGUGUAGUCCUCCUCAGUUUAGAGGUGAUGCAGAUCCAGAUGUGGCUGAUCACUGGAUUUGCGAGUUGGAGAAAAUAUUUUCAGUUUUAGGUUGUUCAGAGGAGCGGAAGCUUGCCUAUGCAGUGUAUAUGUUGACAGGAGAGGCAAAUUAUUGGUGGAGAGGUACUAGUCAGAUGAUGAUUGACCGUGGAGUGGUUGUGGACUGGGUGUGCUUCAAGAGGGCCUUCCUCGAGAAGUACUUCCCAGAGAGUGUUAGGCAUGCUCGGGAGGCAGAGUUUAUGAGAUUACAACAGGGGAAAAUGUCGGUAACCGAGUACGCCAUGAGAUUCGAGCAUUUGGCACGCUUCUACACCCAAGCCAUCUCUGAGGCUUGGAAGUGUAGGAAGUUUGCUGAAGGCUUGAAGUAUGAUUUGAGGAGAGUGGUGGUGCCUAUGGCCAUCACAGAGUUUCCAGCCUUGGUAGAGAAGGCGAAGGUUGUGGAGCGGCUAGAGAGCGUUGGCAAGCCGGCGAAGGCUGUUGGUGGGCCAUCUAGGUCCAAGAGUGGUGGUGGUGCUCAGAGGAAACCUUAUGAUAGGCCCCAAUCACAGCAAGGGGAUCCGGUCACAAGGAAACCUAUUGACACAGCUAGGAGUGAGGGUCAAAGUAGAGUUGCUACUGUCAGAUGUUACAGAUGCGGUAGACCUCACUUCAUUCGUGAUUGCCCUCAUACCGAGAGCAAGUGCUUUAGGUGUGGCCAGAUGGGUCACGUGUCGACUAGUUGUCUUGUAGGUGCCCGACAAACCAGGAGUGCCCCGAGGGGUGAUAGAUCUACUGCAGCUGGGAGAGUGUUUUCCUUGACUGGAGCUGAAGCCUCCACUUCAUCUGAUCUAGGAAAGGGGAAGGGUAAAGUUACUGGAAGAUGAAGCAGAAAGGAAGGCCCAUGAAGAGAUCAAAAAAUGUCCGAAAGAUGAAGGCAAUAGCAAAAGCUGUAACCGCUAAUGAGAAGUCCGCUGAGAAAGUGUCCAAGAACGAAAGCAAAAAAAGUAGGGUUCAAUCUGCAAAAACACUCUAUGAAUGAAUAGUUGGAUGCCUCAUUCAUUUGAUACUUUAUCUUAUAAGAACUCAGUAUACGCCUUAAGUAAUUUGAUUUAGUUAUAUUUACUUAUUAGGCAAAGCAUUCUUUUAAAGAAUGAAACUCUUUUUAUUGUUGUAUCCUUAUUGUAAUAGGAUUUUAUGUAGUUUCGUUCAAUUGUCUCAAUGAUAUUGAAGAAAAAUCAUAGUUCCGUUUUGUCGGUCGACAGUCGAAUGUGGUGUACCAAGCCAGAAUGAGUACCGCAUACGCAUGUCAAUUGUUACUGUUAUCGCAAACAGGAGUUGCAUCCAA